AUGUGUGACGACGAUGAGACUACCGCCCUUGUGUGCGACAACGGCUCCGGCCUUGUGAAGGCUGGCUUCGCCGGAGACGAUGCCCCCAGGGCCGUGUUCCCCUCCAUCGUUGGCCGUCCCCGUCACCAGGUAAACAGCAGAGAAAAUACCAAUAGAAAACAUUGAGAGACUAAUUGAAAGCCUUAAAUUUGGAUUUGAAAGAAAUCAAAAUCUAUAUAGCCUAAUGACCUGAAUCACUGCCAAAUUAUUUUCACAUUUUUUAAAAGCUAAUUACGCAAACUAACGAAAAGUGGCCCAUCUUACAAGAUGGGACCUGAUCCAUUUUUACAGAUAUGACCAGCUGGAGUGACUAAGAUUCUCCUGUCUGAGUGUCAUAUUUCAGUCUUUUUAAAACAAAAUUCGUACAUUUUGAGCAACAAUAGCGAGGCAUUAUUUGGAGCCAUGUCUCUUUGGCUCCCUCUGCUUUACCAGAAGCGUGGCCUUUGACCUUUUGAGCCUAAAUUAGUCACAGAUGAACUGACAGUUGCGCUGUGUCUGUCUCUGUGCUCCAUGCAGUCACUUGGCACGUCUGCGCAUUGGCCAGCGUGCCUUUUGUCCCGCACUGUCAGUCAGGGAAAGUUCAUACCUAUAGUUGUUUACUUAAAGUAACCUUUCUAUUAUUUCUCUUUCUCUCCCACUUUCAGGGUGUCAUGGUCGGUAUGGGUCAGAAGGACUCCUACGUCGGCGAUGAGGCUCAGAGCAAGAGAGGUAUCCUGACUCUGAAGUACCCCAUCGAGCACGGCAUCAUCACUAACUGGGACGACAUGGAGAAGAUCUGGCAUCACACCUUCUACAAUGAGCUGAGAGUUGCCCCCGAGGAGCACCCCACCCUGCUCACUGAGGCCCCCCUGAACCCCAAGGCCAACAGAGAGAAGAUGACCCAGAUCAUGUUUGAGACCUUCAACGUCCCCGCCAUGUAUGUGGCCAUCCAGGCUGUGCUGUCCCUGUACGCUUCCGGCCGUACCACUGGUAAGAAAUGAUGACAACAAACAGCUGCCACCCACCAACAGAAACACAAACACAACUACCUAAACAAUAAUUAAACACACACAUAGAGGAUUUAAAUAGAGGAAAAUAAUACUUCAAACAGAUGUAACUGAUGACACUCUUAAAAAGUUGCUUCACAUAGUUCAACAUUUCCCUUUUAUCCAUUUUACGCACAACUUUUACGCACAGCCUACCAGCCUCUCUGGGACUGUUUAUGCUCAUUUGUGACCCGUGUUACAGACACAUUCACCUCAGUUUGUUAACACUUAUCCAAGUGCUCACUUUAGCCUCACUUUUACGCACAAGAGUGUAACGUUUCAGGUCUUUUGUCGCCCGGACUUUACUAAACUCUCACUUUGCCUCUCUUUAGGUAUUGUGCUGGAUGCUGGUGAUGGUGUGACCCACAACGUCCCAGUCUAUGAGGGUUACGCCCUGCCCCACGCCAUCAUGCGUCUGGACCUGGCUGGUCGCGAUCUGACCGACUACCUGAUGAAGAUCCUGACUGAGCGUGGCUACUCCUUCGUGACCACCGGUGAGGACUUCAGCCCACCCAAACAACAACAACAACAUACAUACAUAAGAGAAAGAAGCAAAAAGAAAAAUAGAAUUCACAAAUAGGCAUCAAAAUAUUAUAAUAUAGAUUCUACUUGCAGUUUGCAUAAAUUAGUAGUACAUAUGUGGAUCUUGAUUACCUGACCCAGUUUAAUGCUCUUUUUUUUUUUUACCAUACAGUAUUAUCACUCUGAGUAAUAGAGGCCUUGGACCAAAAUAUGUAAAUGUAAUGACACCCACCGUAAAAACCUAAUGUAACUGUGGGUUAAAGAUGGAUAAAAACUGUAUUCUGGAACAAGACAUUUCUGUUACCUAAAUUGUAGGCUACUGUUUAGACCACUUAAUCAGUCUGCCAUUACGCAUGCUGUGUCUGCUGUCUCCGCUGUUUAUCACUCCGAGUAACAAUUCAUCAACUUGUCUCCCUACAGCCGAGCGUGAGAUCGUGCGCGACAUCAAGGAGAAGCUGUGCUAUGUGGCUCUGGACUUCGAGAACGAGAUGGCCACCGCUGCCUCCUCCUCUUCCCUGGAGAAGAGCUACGAGCUUCCCGACGGUCAGGUCAUCACCAUCGGUAACGAGAGGUUCCGUUGCCCCGAGACCCUCUUCCAGCCUUCCUUCAUCGGUGAGUCACAUUAUCAUUUAUGUCCUCUGAUUAUGCGCAUCUCUUGAAAUACUUGUUAUCCUCAUCUGAAUACUUGUCCUUCUCACCUAACUAGGCAUGGAGUCUGCUGGUAUUCAUGAGACUGCCUACAACAGCAUCAUGAAGUGCGACAUUGACAUCCGUAAGGAUCUGUACGCCAACAAUGUGCUCUCCGGUGGUACCACCAUGUACCCUGGUAUUGCUGACCGUAUGCAGAAGGAGAUCACUGCCCUGGCCCCCAGCACCAUGAAGAUCAAGGUGAAUAUAAUGACAACAAAAACACUUCUACUCCUCCCUGAUUGAGAUGCUUGCGCACAAAUUACGCACAGGAACUUUGGCUGACACUUGACUGAUCAUUUCUCUCCUCUCCUCCCUCCUCUACAGAUCAUUGCUCCCCCCGAGAGGAAGUACUCCGUCUGGAUCGGUGGCUCCAUCCUGGCUUCCCUGUCCACCUUCCAGCAGAUGUGGAUCUCCAAGCAGGAGUACGACGAGGCUGGCCCCAGCAUUGUCCACAGGAAGUGCUUCUAA